AGCCUGGGCCGCCAGGGAGCCCACUAACAGCUGGGGCAGUGUAACCGGUCCUGGAAGCUGUCUGGGUGGAGUUGUGAACUCGUAAGCAGUGAACAAACAGAACAAGGGGCUUUAGGGCCCUGAGUGGCUGAGGGACCUGCAGAUAGACACAGGAUGGAGUCCUGUGGUACUGACGCUGGGCUGGGGUUUGAAAGAAGAUGUGAAGGAAAGAAGGAUCGGGGGUCUCUCCAGGGUCCCGGUCCCAGCAGAGCCCUCUGGGCUGUCUGCUGCGCUCCGCCAUCGCUGGCAUUCCAGCCCUCGCCUCCACCGCCCCCACGCGUGCCGCCGGUGGGAGCGGCCCGCCCGUCGCGUGAUGCCUCCAGGGUUGGGCCCCACUAUAAAAAGGGGCAAGAAGCCGCGGCGCCGGCCCCAAGAACCCCAGAAUACAAGAGGGUCCGGUCGUUCUUGUCCACCGCGCAGAGCGCGCGAGCAACGCCUUCGCGUCCUCCUCGGCGGGCGCCAUGCAACUCUUGGUGAGGGUACCCUCUCUGCCAGAACGGGGCGAACUGGACUGCAGUAUCUGCUACCGGCCCUUCAACCUCGGGGACCGCGCACCCCGCCGCCUGCCCGGCACGGCGCGCGCCCGCUGCGGCCACACGCUCUGCACCGCUUGCCUGCGCCAGCUCGCCGCGCGCGGGGACGGCGCCGGGGCGGCCGCGCGCGUGGUGCGCCUGCGCCGCGUCGUCACGUGUCCCUUCUGCCGCGCGCCCUCCGCGCUCCCGCGUGGUGGCGUCACCGAGGUAGCCGUCGACCCCGACUUAUGGUCGCGAUUGGAAGACAAAGCGCGGGCCCUGGGUGAACGAGAAAUGGCGGGGAGUCCGGUCAAGGAGCGCGGCGACGCCGACCCGGAGGCCGACCACGAGGAAGAGAAUGAGGAGGGGGCGGGGCCUCGGAGCGCGGGCUGGCGCGCGCUCCGGCGUCUCUGGGACAGGGUCUUGGCGCCUGCGCGCCGCUGGCGGCGUCCGCUGCCUAGCAACGUGCUCUACUGUCCGGAGAUUAAGGACAUUGGCCACCUGACUCGCUGCACUCUGUAACCCAGGGACUCGGCAGCUACAGAAGAAGCGAGGCGGGAGCUGCCUUCUCCAGCGUGCUCUCUGCAGCCUUGGGAUCUCUUAUCCAGACUACGCAGUCUGAUGCGGGAGUGGCGACUGGGGGCGGGGGAGCCUGGCAAGUGUGACGCCCUCGCCCCCGCCAGUCCAUUUGCCCAGCAUAGUGUGGCUUGACUAUGGCGUGUAAACAAAGCCCACGUUGCCGUUGCCGUGGGAAGGAAGCAGCCAGACUGUUUUCUGAGCUGUGGCUUUGGCUGUGGUCCAGGCUGGCGCUGGUGUGUGGCAGCAACAGGUCCCGGUUUAGCAGUUGUCAGUGGUUUGCAAUGUUCCAGAAGAGGGAGCAGCAGAGCUGGACGCAGAUGUUGUCGUCUCCCUGGGGCCUGGAAGGAUGCUGGUAGGCUUUCUUCACUCCUGUGUUCCUGAAACUGCUGAGACGCCUCCCUGCUUUGCUCCAAUUCAGAAACUACUUAAGGCACCUAAUUAGGGCUUACCGGGCUGAAGAUCAAGUCGUGUGGCAUUACGUUUUGAAGUGUUGAACGAGGCAGAGGGAG